UUCCUAUGACGUUGAAUGUAAAGGUGUGUCAGUGGUAGACGAUGCCUGGAGAAGAAAGUACACAUCUUUCCCUCAAAGAUGCCGAUCAAGGGACUAGCAGUGAAGAAAGAAUGUAAGUUGAAGAAAGUAAAUGGACAAGGUAACUAGGCUAAUUCAUUCUUAAAUAAGGCUUGUGGUUGCCUUUUAUCAACUUGACGGAGCCGACUAGCCGUGCGUAAAACUGCCCUGUGCGGGCAAAUGUCAGCAUUGUGGCGCACGGGAUUUCUCCUCGGCCUUAUGAGAUUCAGUUCACCUUCAGAUGAAGAAUGUGUCCAGGCCAUUAUCGGAGAGCCGGUCCUACUUCCGUGUAUCUAUGACGGAGCACUCUCGCUAAGCGCUCUAAACUUUUCGGCUGAAUGGAGGAGAGCCAACGACGUGGUCCACAGGUCGGUCUGGGGACGGGGGAGCCAGGAUAAAUGGACAGUGUCCAGCAGAAACAGCACCCGAGUCUCAGAAACGGCUCCACAGACAGGCGACUUCUCCCUGCAGUUGUCCAUGGUGGUCCCGGCAGAUUCCAACACCUACAGCCUGUACCUCACAUUCCCUGGGGGGAACCACAGCUCUCCGGUGUGCAAGGUGUGUCUGUGGACCGCAGCCAGUUUUUCGUUUCCGCUGCUGCUGAGGGAGGAUGCGGGGGAAGGGGACGAGACGCGUUUCUUGUGUCACUCUAGAGGAGGUUUCCCCAAACCUGUUGUGCGCUGGCGGAUCAACGAGACCGUGCAGCCUCCCGAGGGCUCAGUCUGGACAGACUUUGCACUUCUCCCCGAAUCUCAGCUCUACAACAUCACCAGCCUUCUGGUGGUCAACAUUUCCCAGGACGUUAGCGUGUCAUGUAGCAUAGAAAACCCGUCCAUGAACGAGACCUUAACUUCCACCAGCAAUGGGGUCCAGCCCAGCCCUGUGGUGGGGAGAGCCACUGAAGCCUUGUGGGUAUUCAGCACAGCUCUGUGUGUGGUAGUGUCAGCCAUGGUGCUGGCUGCCCUAGCCUACCAGAUCCAACAGGACAGGGCCCACAAGGACCAGAACACAGAAAUGGGGAUGGGGGAGAGCUUUGAAGAUGAACCAGAGACUCGGAUGGUGAAAGAGGAAGUGAUGGACCCUCUAACUGAGACCAACCUGUGAUUAGAAUGGAACACUAGAACAUGUUUGUGAUCACAUGACCUUCAAACAUUCUGGUUGAAGAGGAAAUAAACUUCACACCAUAGCCCACAUUGUGCUCUGACAAGGUUACUCUUUGUAGAUGUGUACUGCGCUGUACAUACUGUGAAUAUGUACAGCUCUUGUAUUGGUUGGAUGUGUUGUACAAAGUUGUGGAAAGGACGGACGGUGUAUUUUUUAUUUUAUUUGAAUUGUAGGCUUUCAAAACACAGGACUUGCUUGUUCCCCUUUCGGCUCCCCUCUCUGUGACCUCUACUCUGUACUCUGUUGCCGUCUGUUGUGUUAUAAAAAGUUCUGUCAAUCUGG